CAGGACAGGACAAAAAAAAACAACAAGUUAGAGAUCUCCAGUUAUCUCCGAGGAGGGAAGCGCAACUUUUACGCACCAAAGUUGGAGCGAGUUGGAGAGGCUCCGCUGCGCGCUGCCUGCGUCCGUCUCCAUCCGAGUGAGUGACGAGUUUGGCUGCUGCGCUCCUCUGCUGAGGUCUGGAGGACCGGACCGCUUUAUCGCCCUGGCCGUCCUUAUCUGGACAGUACUCCACAUUUUCCUCAGCCCCCUGUUCACCAAGACACAGACAGAAUCCUCGAGUGGAAGCGUCUUUACGCGAGGACAAUCAUCACCUCCACGGGAUCAGUCUGAGAAGUCCCCCAUUACUUUUCCACAUCCCUGCAGGACGUCAACGCAGUGAAAAUGUACCAAAGCCUGUCCUUGUCCUCCAACCAGUCCCCUUACGGGCACGACACCGGGAAUUACAUCCACCCCUCGGCCAGUUCCCCGGUCUACGUCCCCACCACCAGGGUCCCGGCGAUGCUGCCCACGCUGUCCUACCUGCAGCCGUGCGACUCGCCCCACCAGUCGCACCACAGCCUCGGCGGGCACCACGGCUGGCCCCAGGCCGGCGCCGACAGCUCCUCGUUCACGCCCGGCAGCCCUCACCCUCAUCACGGCUUGUCCUACUCGCACAGCCCGCCGGUCAGCAGCAACACGGGCCGGGACGCGAGCUACCAGAGCCCGCUGCUUCUUGGGAACGGCGCCCGGGCGGAUCAGUACGGAGGCGCCCUGAUGCGCUCGGUCGGAGGCUCCUACUCCAGUCCUUACGCAUACGUGAGCCCGGAGAUGGCGACGUCCUCCUGGACACCGGGACCCUUCGAGAGCGGGGUGAUCAGUCUGCAGGGCCGGCAGUGCGCCCUGUCGGGGAGAAGGUCCAGUCUGGACCUGAUGGACGACAUGCAGUGCGAGGGGAGGGAGUGCGUCAACUGCGGCUCCGUGUCCACGCCGCUGUGGCGCAGGGACGGAACCGGCCACUACCUGUGUAACGCCUGCGGCCUGUACCACAAGAUGAACGGCAUCAACAGGCCGCUCAUCAAACCGCAGAAACGACUGCAGACCACGCCCCGCCGAGCCGGCCUGUGCUGCACUAACUGCCACACCAGCACCACCACACUGUGGAGGCGCAACGCAGAGGGAGAACCUGUGUGUAACGCCUGUGGCCUCUACAUGAAGCUGCAUGGGGUGGCCAGACCUCUAGCCAUGAAGAAAGAGAGCAUUCAAACCAGGAAGCGCAAACCCAAGAUGCCUAAGAAUAAAACAUCCACAGGAGGAUCCACCACCUCUGACAGCGGCUCGCCAACGCCCCUGUCAGUGUCUGAACACACCUCCACCAUCAAGAGUGAACCCAGCAUGACCCCUUCACCCUACGCUGGACAGACCAUCACAUCCGCCACUCAGACGGCUUCUCAGAUGGAUAGCUCAGGACAUGUGGACAUUAAAUAUGAAGAUUAUCCCUUUACCUCGACCUCCAUGGCCCCACAGAACUCCUGGUGUGCUCUGUCCCAAGCUUGAGCAGCCUCGACCGACCAGGCUGUGGAGCACCGACAGUACACAACUCACUUUGGCUUGGACACAGAGGCCAUCGUUCCGCCCUGCAGCUAUCCCUCGUGAUUCUGGGGCUGUGGAGAAACAGUGUUGUAUAAGCCCCAAAUGGCUUAUGCGGUGUCGGAUGGCGACAUGUGUUCACACUCACUUGACGUGAGGAAAUCUAAUCUGCUAGCUAUGUUAUAUACUAUAAUGUGUCACGCUGGCGCCCGUAAAUAAACGGGCUCAAUAGACCUCACCUGGACCAAACUUUAACUCAACCAGGACACAGGACACCUGGGCAGCAGCUUUACGAAAGGACGAGUGCAGCUCGAUGGCUCAGCUGAAGCAAAGAUCCCAGUCGAAGCGGGACCAGACCCCUGUUCUCCUGAACUCACGUCCAGCAGCCUCAGCGCCAUGACAAGAACUACCUAUAACUAAAAGAAAUCUCUAUUUUGGGAGAAACACGGCACCAAAAAUAACAAUGUGAAGACAAUCAAGAGGAAUGUAAAAAUACAGUAUCUCCUCUUUUAAAUGUUGUUUUUAUUUUCACUGCUACCAUUGCUUUCUGGGGCACAUUAACGAGAAACACAGUCAACAUCUUAUUAUCACCGCUGAAGGAAAACCAUAAAAUGGAGAGAAGAUACCCCUUUUAUUGCUGUUGAACAUGUCUCAUUACCAGUGUGUAGAUGAUUAACUUUUAUGGACGCAUUAUUUAUGUUGAGAUAAGGACAGUUAAAAGUCACGGUGGACACUGAAACCAGCCAGUUAUAACCCUCUGCUCGCUGUCCUGUUGUGCUGUAUGGCCUCCUAGCUGUGGCACUCCAAUCAUAUGCGUGACUUGCUUUAGAGGGAUACAGCAGAUGCACCAUGCUAGAUUUGUUUGUUAAUCAGGACCAGUCGCUGCGGCUACAUAUCAGACGUUUAUCGUUUCGCUGUUUUUCACAUUUGAGAUGAAUGAAAGAGCGAAAAAAAUUAUUCUAUUCAUAUUAAUCUAAUUUUAUUGUCUGUAUGUUGCCAACAUGUAAGGGAAUUUUGUUGUUGAACUGUU